AUGGAUAAGAUGGGACUUUACGGACUGAUCCUUGGAACUGUGAUGCUGAGCAGUAGUGAUGGGGCCUGGAGGAAGGCCCAGCUGUACGCAGACCUCCAUCCCCUCCUGGAUGGGCCGGACCCUCGGCUGCAGAUCCCGAGUCUCCUCACGCACGUCACCAUCAACCCAUGUGCAGCUCGGCAGGUCCCCCACAGAGUGGGGGUUUUCCUGGACUAUGCUCAUGGGGACGUCUCCUUCUAUGACAUGGCUGAGGGCUCCCACAUCUUCUCCUUCCCUUCUGAAUCCUUCUCUGGGACCCUCCUUCCAUUCUUCUUCUGUCAUUCAGGAGAUGUGUCCAUGACCCUCUGCCCCCUGGAGGCUGGGCCGCAGAAGCCCUCUGUGCCCAUGAACAAAACAUCUCUGGGGGAGCUUGUGAGUCCCCCAGAGAUAUUCCAGGUGCUCGCCCCCUCAGACCCCAUUGUGGCAGCAAUGGGUGAGGAUAUCACAUUGUCCUGCUUCCUGGACCCAGCCAUGAGUGCAGAGAACAUGGAGGUGAGAUUGUUCAGGUCCAAUAUCUGGGAGUCAGUGCUCAUCUAUCAAGACCGACAGGAACAGAAUGAGCAGCUGAUGGCCCAGUAUGCAGGGCGGACCUCGCUGAUGAGGGAAUUCCUCAGUGAGGGGGAGGCUUCUGUGACCAUCCACAAGGUGAAGGUUGCUGACAAUGGGCUGUACACCUGCUUCUUCAGCAACGGUGUCUUCUCUGACCAAGCCAGAUUGGAGCUGCAGGUGGCAGGUGUGGGCUCUGUCCCCCAAGUGUACAUCACCGGGCCAGAGGAGGAUGGGGUGCAUGUGGUGUGCACGGCCUCGGGCUGGUUCCCGGAGCCCCAGGUGCAGUGGAGAGACCUCCGCGGGGAGCAGCUCCUGGGGUUCUCCCAGGCCCAGGCCCAGGACCCUGAGGGGCUGUUCAGAGUGGAGGCCGCCCUGGUGGUGAGAGACAGCGCUGCAGGGAAUGUGACCUGCACCAUCCACAACCCCAUCCUGCGCCAAGAGAAGGCCAUGGCCAUGGUCAUCCCAGAGCCCUUCUUCCCCCGGGUCUCCCCCUGGAAGCCGGCUCUCCUGGUCAUCCUGCCCUUGCUGCUGCUCCUGCUCCUGGGGGCUGCCUGCUGCACCUGGAGAGAACAUUCCAGAAUGAUGCAGGAGUUGCAGGGACAGAGGACACUGCACCUGGCUAAGGAGGAGGACAGACAGGCCAGGGAGGAGGCCCUGAAGGACACAGCCCAGAGGAAGGCUGCUUACCUGGUUGGCUGGAGGAAGGCCCAGCUGUAUGCAGACUGGCGGAAGGAGCGGUUCCAGGCCUAUCCGUUCUUGGUGAUUGCCCCCCCUUAUCCCAUUGUGGCAGAACUGGGGGAGGACGCCACACUGUCCUGCUCCCUGGACCCAGCCAUGAGUGCAGAGGACAUGGAGGUGAGGUGGUUCCGGUCCCAUAUCUGGGAGUCAGUGUUCACCUAUCAAGACCGACAGGAGCGACAUGAGGAGCAGAUGGCCCAGUAUGCAGGGCGGACCUCGCUGCUGGGGGAAUCCCUCAGUGAGGGGAAAGCUGCUGUGCGCAUCCACAAGGUCCAGGCUGCCGACAACGGGCUGUACACCUGCAGCUUCAGAGACGGAGACGUCCAUGAGGAAGCCACCAUGGAGCUGCAGGUAGCAGAGCCCUUCUUUCCCCGGGUCUCCCCCUGGCAGUCGGCUGUCCUGGUAAGCCUGCCCUUGCUGCUGCUCCUGCUCCUGGGGUCUGCCUACUGCACCUGGAGAGAACAUUCUAGAAUGAUGCGAGAACUGGGAGAGCUGCGGGAGCUACAGUGGCUGAGGAUUUGUGGGUUUCUGCGCUUUGAUAUAGAGAACGACAGACAGAUCAUGGAGGAGGCCCUGAAGGACACAACCCAGAGGAAGGCUGCUUACCUGGCUGGCUGGAGGAAGGCCCAGCUGUACGCAG